GGCGCGGCGCGUAGCGGCCGGCGGGGAGGGAGAGGCGGCGGCGGUAAGGGGAGCACCGGGGGGGCCGGCAUGGUGCAGCGAGCCAUGCGGGGAAGGGGCUCCGAGGGGCGGCGGGAGCCCUGCGCUCCGCUGCCCGCCCACGACGCGGAGCCCGCCUGGUGCAAGACGCCCAGUGGGCACAUCAAGCGGCCCAUGAACGCCUUCAUGGUGUGGUCGCAGCACGAGCGCCGCAAGAUCAUGGACCAGUGGCCCGACAUGCACAACGCCGAGAUCUCCAAGCGCCUGGGUCGGCGCUGGCAGCUCCUGCACGACUCCGAGAAGAUCCCCUUUGUGAAGGAGGCCGAGCGCCUGCGCCUCAAGCACAUGGCCGAUUACCCCGACUACAAGUACCGCCCUCGGAAAAAGGGCAAAGUGGGCACCGCCACCGCCCGCCCGCGUCUCCCGGUGAAGAUCAAACCCUCGGUGCUGGGCCGCGUCCCCGCCGCCCGCAGGCAGCCCUCCAAGCCGCCCCCCGAGCCGGGCACCGCGCAGCACCCGCCGGAGCCGCCCGCCGAGGACUGCCCCGGCACGGCCACGUGGCACGCGGUGCCCACCGGCGAGCGCAGCCCCGCGGCCGCCACCGGCCCCGAGCCGUCCCCGGAGAGCGCGUCCCCGUCUCCCGCACCUGCCGGCUCCCCUCCGUCCUCCUUGGGUUCCUCGGACGAGGAGCUGGAGGAGGAGCUGCCGGGCGUGCUGCCCGCUCGGGCACCGGGUGGCACAGCCUGCGGGGCUCUGGACUGGUCCGUCCUGGACAAGGACCUCGAUCUCUUCCCGCGGGGCGCGUCCUCGCACUUCGAGUUCCCGGACUAUUGCACGCCCGAGGUGACGGAGAUGAUCGCGGGGGACUGGCUCAUGUCCAGCAUCUCGGACUUGGUCUUUACCUACUGAGUGCCGCGCUCUGCAGGUAACUCUCUUCUUUUCCCACAGUCAGGUCGUAUCAAAAAAAAAAAAAAAAA